GCAGGGGCGUGCGCCGCCGGUGGCCAUCUUGGAGGCGGGGACGUGCGGAGGGAACUCUUGUCUACAUCUUCCUCGUCUUCCUGGAGCCAUAGUCUCAACUUCCCGACUCCCUGUCCCCUACUUUUCAGCUGCUACGCAGACACUCUCUUGGGUCCCCAGUACACCAUAAUUGAAGAAAAAUGAUGGAAGAGAGUGGAAUAGAGACAACACCACCUGGAACUCCUCCACCAAAUCUUGCUGGACUGGCUGCUGCUGCUGCAUUGUCUUCCACCCCACUUCCUUUAGCUGCAACCAGUUCCUUUUCUUCUCCAAAUGUAUCUUCUAUGCAAUCCUUGCCACCACACGCAUACUCUACCCCUCAGCAAUCUCUUCCUCCUGUGAGGCCUUCUGCAUCGUUGCCUUUUGUGCCUCCUUCACCAGUUUCUUCUGCUCCACCCCUUCUUACUUCUGUACCACCUCCUGUUUCUCCACCAACUGUUGCUACCUUCAGUAAUCCUCCUUUACCUCACUUCCCAACUUCAACUUCUGCCCCAAGUACUGUUCUAUCUGCACCCUCUUCCGGUCCUCCUACAUCUGGAUUUUCUGUUGGUUCAGCUUACGACAUUACAAGGGGACAUGCAGGAAGAGCUCCCCAGACACCUCUGAUGCCAUCAUUUUCUGCACCUCCAGUAACAGGUAUUUUGCCAACUCCCAUUACUCAGCAAGCCAGUUUGACAUCUCUGGCCCAGGGAACUGAAACCACAUCGGCCAUUACUUUUCCAGAGGAACAAGAAGAUCCUAGAAUUGGUAGAGGUCAGGAUGAAGCAUCUGCUGGUGGACUCUGGGGUUUUAUUAAGGGUGUGGCCGGAAAUCCCAUGGUGAAAUCUGUGCUUGAUAAAACAAAACAUUCAGUAGAAAGCAUGAUUACAACGCUGGACCCUGGCAUGGCUCCAUAUAUCAAAUCUGGAGGUGAACUGGAUAUUGUAGUGACUUCAAAUAAAGAAGUAAAAGUUGCUGCUAUCCGGGAUGCCUUCCAGGAGGUCUUUGGCUUAGCCGUGGUUAUAGGGGAAGCUGUUCAGUCCAACAUUGCCCCGCAACCAGUAGGCUAUGCAGCUGGAUUAAAAGGGGCUCAAGAACGGAUAGAUACUUUGCGUCGCACUGGAGUGAUCCAUGAAAAACAGACUGCGGUGUCAGUAGAAAACUUCAUUGCAGAAUUGCUACCCGACAAGUGGUUUGACAUUGGUUGUUUGAUAGUUGAAGAUCCUGUCCAUGGCAUUCACCUCGAAACAUUUACACAGGCUACCCCAGUGCCUUUGGAAUUUGUACAACAGGCUCAAAGUCUAACUCCCCAGGACUACAAUCUGAGGUGGUCAGGCCUUUUGGUGACAGUGGGCGAAGUCCUGGAAAAGAGUUUACUAAAUGUCAGCCGGACUGACUGGCACUUAACUUUCACUGGCAUGUCACGUCGACAGAUGAUCUACAGUGCAGCCAAAGCGAUGGCGGGCAUGUAUAAACAGCGCCUACCACCCAGGACCAUGUGAGAGAAGACUUACCGAAGAUACUGAGAAUUCCUCACUUUGAGCCUGGUGGUAAAGAAGAGAUUAUAUCUUCUUAAAUUAGAUAGCUUCAUGAUCCAGCAGUUUUGAUAAUUUUCCUGUAGGCUGCAGUUUUUUUCCCCUAGAAAGGCAUGGUGUCAUGCCAGUAGAUGCAAAGAAACAGAUCCUUUUUAUGAUUAUAUAAUUUCAUGUACCAUAGUUCUCAAAAAAGAAAAUAUGUAAAUAUUUUUAUAGAACAAUUUGAUACACCAAAUUUAUAAGGUAGAGAUUCAUGUGUUAAGACAUUUAACUUAAUGAUAUGUACUUUAUUAUUUUGUUUUUUAAGAAGAUACAGUUAAUUAAAGAACAUGUUUAUUGCAUAUUCUUUAGAAGCAUUGUUUCUUUUAACUCACAAUUAAUCUCUUCCCUGUCAGUCUUUGAAGCUUUCUAUGUGUGCACAUGAUCUCAGGUCUGAUGCUGAGCUGUGUGCUCAACAAUUUACACCUACUCGUAGGGAGAUGGUGCAUUUAACAUGGGCCAAAAUAAUAGCAUUAAUAGAAUUGAUCCCUUUCUUUUUGGUUAUGUACACACACAGUCUGAAUAAUUCAAAUUUUUUUCUUUUUUCUUUUAAAUAGGUUUUGGCGUUUAACAGAUUUAUACUCUGAACACUAUGUUUUAUUUUUUCAUUGCUGUAUGACAACUAAGGGGCAAAUGAUUCAAGCAUAUUUUCAGUUGGAAGCAUUUGGGGCGUUUUGGAUAAUGCUGUUCAGUACUUCCCACUAAACUGACAACACCCAUUAUUUCUGCUUCCGCUCAUUUUCCCACUGUAAUAGAGAAAUUUUUGAGAGGUAAUUACUUUGUUUAUGGGAUUGUAUGCCUCUUAUUUUAAUUAGGGUUAGUUCUUACUAAGUUUGUCUUAAACACUACUUUUCUAACUUUGUGCCAUUCUGCCUUUACUUCGUAUGGAAGUUUUCAAAGAAACUUUUUAUAUUCAGUAUGGUUUAUUUAAUCCAUUAUGUUGGUAUUUAGUAAAGGCUUUUUCUUCCAAAUAAUAUAUUUUACCAUUUUUGGAUUUAUAUAAAUCAAAAUUAAAUAGUUUGUCUUAUACUUUUGAACUCUAUAUGCAACUUCAAAUAACUUUUGAUAGUUUCUUAUAUAAAUGUAAUUUGACUUUUAUUUACUCUUCUAUGCAGUUCUUUAGGUGUAAAAGAAUUAGUAUAAUCUUAUAAAGGGUAUUGAACUCUUAUCCUGCACUGUCAUUACAUGGUUUAUUUCAAAUACUUAUUUGAUUUUUGCUGUUUUUUACCCAGAGAUAAGAUGAAUAAGUAUUAAUUUUGCAACUACGGUACAUGUUAAUUUCCAAGCACUGUUUAUAAUGAUUGUUCAGUGAAAUUCAGACUUCUAUGUCAUUACAAGUGAGAAGAAAGAAAAGAGAUGUAACCAGUUGUGGCGUAAUAGGGACAGAAUACUUUUUUCCCUUCUUUAUUGCUCUUUAUAGAACAGUUCAUCUGUUUUCUCCAUCUUUCAUGAAAAACAGAAGCCUUUCUCUACCAUUUGUGUUUAUCCUCUGAUUUCAAAAGCUACCCUUUUCUAGCAGUAUUUUAUCAUGAGAUGGCCUGAUGACUGAUCAUAAUUAGGGAUGAAGGAAAAAGCAUUCACAUACUUAAAAUAUUUUUGCUACUUUCCGUCCUGUUAUAGAGAAAUUCUACAGAUCCUAAAAAAAGUCUAAGUUUUCAUUUUCUUUUUAUUUUACCAAGUCUCAAAUAUCUUAUUUAAUGUUUUUGAGGGUUGUUUUCAUAGAAUCACAAACACUGAAAGCUCAUUAGGCGACGAUUUUCCUGGAAUCCUUAAAUAGCAGUGGCAGAGUUAUUCUAUGGCUUGGUUGAAGCCAGAUAGUUUUCCUGCACCUGGUAAUUUGGUAAACCUUCUGCUCUUUGGCUUAGUGUGAGUAGGUGAGGAGGAGGAGGAAGGGCAAAAGGAAAAGAUAAAUACAUGAUCUGGUUCUGGCCUCUCCCAUUCUUUUUUUGGCCCAGAGUUAUCUUUGAAAGGCAUCAGAGCGUGACUGACUCCACAUGCUCAGCUUUCCCAGCGUCUUGUUUAUUUUCUCAUUCCUAGAUUUCUGUUUGGUAUAAGGGGCAAGAAAAAUAACUCAUCAUCUCAGCACAGCAGCAUUAGCCAGGCAGUCCUCUAGUGUUGGUAUUUUGGCAUAAGUUGCUGAUCAUCAGACUAAGACCAUGGUUUCCUUUACCAGUCAUCUAACUGCCCCUUGUUCUUCUCCCUUUCUGCUCAUUUCCUUAUAAUUCCCACAUUAGCAUUUUUAGUGAGAGUUGCUUUUUUUCCUCCCCCAAGCUUCUUAGAAAAACCUGUCUUCAACACAGUGCUUCACCUCUGUGUUGUUUUGGUCAUGUUUGCAAUUUUUUUCUUCCUUUUGAAAUGCUCCAGGAACUAAUUACUGAAUUUUAGAAGUUUGUACAUGUCUUUGUUUAAAUAGUGUGAAAGAGAACAGGAAGAGUAAUUUAACAUCAACCUCAGUUCAGGGUCCUCCUUUAAGUUUGUCAGGUAACCCUGGACCUAGAACUGUGCCACAGACUUCAGGAAUCAGAAAGCUUCAGGCAAUACUAGCAGUUCUCAAUUCCCAGUCUCUUACCUCCCCAUUCUUCGUUCUUCUCUCUCAAGGAUUAAUGAGGUAGAAAAAUUGUGAUGAAUGAAUAUAGACAAAAUGGUAGUAUGAUAGUAAGUAGAUAAGAGUACAGAUGUGUAUUAUGUACAUCUAUUCAAAAAUUAUGCAAAUUAGUGUUAUACUCAGGGUGAACUAAAUUAAUAUAUUGUUAGAUUUACUUUGUUCCUUGGCUAUAAAAAAAUUCAUAACAGUAAUUUGUGUUCUGUGAAGCCAAACUGAUAAUAUUCUAUGUUGUAAAAGAUGUUAUGUGUAAAUUAUUAAGAAAUUGGAAAUUGGAUUUUUACUCCCAGAAUAUGGUUGGUGUUCAUUUUUAAGAUACUAUGCAGGAUGAUGUAUUGGAUAAAACCAAUUUUGUAAGUAUGUAAAUAUGUUAUAAAUAAAUAAUACCUCAACUUA